GGAACCGCUCCCCGCCCGCGCGCGCUCCCCCGGAACCGCUCCCUGCCCGCGCGCUCCCGCCCGGCGCGCCCCCGGGAAACGGGCCCGGCCGCGCGCGGGACAUGGAGGAGCGGGGCGGCUGCGCCGGCGGCUUCAGAAAGGACACCGUGGAUCGGCUCCUCCGCCUCCAUUUCCGGGACGGGAGGACCCGAGUUAACGCGGACGCGCAGCUGCUGAUGGCCGAGCUGCUGAAGGUCUUUGUCCGAGAAGCAGCGGCAAGGGCAGCUCGGCAGGCUCAGGCAGAGGACCUGAACAAGGUGGAUACUGAACAGCUGGAGAAAGUGUUGCCACAGCUGCUUCUGGAUUUCUAGAGGCCUCCUGAAGUACAUGUUGCCUGUCAGCAGACAGUCCUGGCCUGAAACAUGUCUCAGCCUCAGAGACACUCUGGGACAAACAGUCUCAACUUUUUCUUCCUCUGCCAUUUUUCUUCUGUUUUCUCUCUCCUUUACCAAGCACAACACAGCCCAAAGCAAUGAUGCUGUCAGAUACCAUUUUUAAGAAGAGGGUGCCACAGGCUUAUUUUGUUCAGCUGAGUACAUAACUGGUUUCCAACUCUUUCCAUCUCAUGCUGCCUUACUCCUGUAAUAGAGGCCUGUAUUCCACAACAUGGUAAGAAGCUGUUGCUUUCUCAGCUAAUGUGAGAAAGAGGUACUGCUCCACAGAGAUGCACAGAAAGACUUAAUGGCUGGAAAUACCAUCCAACCUUCAGGCUCUGGUUGCCUCAAGCAGGCAGCUGUAACAGCAACUCCAGGUGCAGCUCCAAGCCUUCCUAAUGAAUAGGUCAUUAACAGGAGCUUGGUCACAGGCUCUUGCCAAAAGCAGGUAACUGAUCUUUAUUUUAUAAAUAAACAGUGUCUGUCCCUCACUACCUUCCAAUAUUUCUUGGGCUGUGACAUCAAAGAAUGCUUGAAGCCUUUUAACCAUUCAGUAUUCUCCUCAGAGGCUGCUCCCCCUCUGCUAUAAAUUUGUUCUCACAAAGAAACAUCAGUAAGUUAAAAACAAGUCUCCCUUCCUUGUGUAGGCUCUUUGCUGCAAUUCAUCAUCAAAAGUCAAGUUGCUUCAAAGACUUGCAGAGCUUCCCCCUCACCCACCCUCUUCCCUAAAUCUUUGUAGGACGAAAGGAAAAAAGGACAAAAUAACAAACAGCAUGUGUGAGAAUCCCACAUCACGGGACAGCCUGGCCCCUCUGGCAGCGGGGGGGCCACUGUGAAAUAAGAAACCUUACACAUGGGGGGCAGGACCAACAGAGCCGAGUGGCUUUGCUGGAAGUGCAGGGCUGGCUGCACGGAGGGCUCCGGCUGCUGCCUCGCUGCAGGAGCAGCCAGAGCCAGCAGUCCUUGGCUCAGGAGCAGCGGUGACAGGCAGAGGCUCAGUGGGUCACUGUGCACUGUGAGCUAGGAGCUAUCAGGGUCAUCCCUCAGGUCACCAACCACUUGUAAACCUCCCAAUAACUGCCAUUCCAGUACAUGUUCUGUGACAGUACCAGCCUAAGCAGUGCCCAGCCCUCAGCACUGGAGCUUCUCAGCCAAAACAACUGUUCAGCUGUACAACACAUGAAAUGAAGAAACUGACCUAGUUCAGUCUUCAGCCCCACAACCAUUGUUAAAAAAAUAAAGCAAUAGCAAAAAAAAAAAAAAAAAAAAAAAAAAAAAAAAAAAAAAACCACAACCCAAGUGAUACUACCUUUGAAUGCCCUAAAACUGCAGGGAUGAGUUCAGCUACUAUAGCAGAAGUGAUACUGAAACAAAACCAGUUUGUCGCGUUCAUCGUGCAGGUACUGUUCUUCAGCAGGGCAGGAAUCCCUGUAGCAAUCCCUCCCUUAGUGAAAAGCCCACCAUUUAAAAUGUGCAGCUGUCCUGUCCCCCUUAAAGAAUUCACUCCUACUUUCUUGCCUUUCCAGGACUUCAGGUCCUUGUCUCUGCCUCCACCCUGACACCUACUGAAACAGCAGUCCCAAAGUUGCUGCCCUAAAAAGGCUCAAGUUCCCUUCCCUGACACACAGAGAACUGCUGAUAUGGACAUGCACAGUAAAGCAGCAAUUAAAAGUAACUCUUUGUAUAGGGAAGGGGAAUAAGACCUCUUGUCUAGCUAUUGAAGGGAGCAAUUUUUCAUUCUUGUGGUUAAACUGGGUUUGAUGCACAGCUGAGUUACACAAGCAUGGGCAGAACUGCCCGAGGGAACACAGUCAGCAAUGCAAAGCACUUACACUUAGCCCAUAAAACUGCCCCAGGAAUGCUGAUAUUGCUGCUUGUGUACCUAAAUAUGUUUUUCCAUGUCAGGUACUUGCAGGGGACAGUUAUGGUCCUAACCCUUUACAAAAACUGACAUAAUUAGAGAAGCAAAACCAGUUAAGCAGAUUAUAAUUUGAUGUCACCUGUGCUCUUCAAAAAAUAAGGAUUAGCACAUCUGAACGCACACUGCAGCUUCCUCCCAACCACACUGCUUCUGCAUAUUCCAAUCCUGGAAACCAAAAACACCAGCACAAGUAUUUCACCACCUAUCAUUAGCAAUGGCUCCUGGUUUCCCCACAGGAUAUCCUGUAAAAAUUCAGCAAGGCAGCUCUAGCUACUGUCUACCUCUGAUUUGUGUGACAUGAAUAAGCCUGAUACAGCACCUGAACCAAGAUACCGACAGUCCUAUGCAGCGUGGGCUCAGCCCACACUUAAUCCACUAAAGAGAAAUAAACUUUAAACAUUA